AUGUCUAGCACAAAUCAACGAGUUGCUCUUGGUAUUACAUGCGUCCAAUGCACACCAGUUCAGUUAGAAAUUCUAAGACGAGCUGGUGCAAUGCCGGUUUCUUCGAGACGCUGUGGAAUGAUUACUCGUAGAGAAGCGGAACGAUUAUGCAAAUCAUUUCUAGGUGACAACACUCCACCAAGAUUACCAGAAGAUUUCGCAUUUCUAGUUCAUCAUGAGUGCGCAUGGGGCUGUCAUGGUGCAUUUAUACCAUCUCGAUAUAACAGCUCACGCGCUAAAUGUAUUAAAUGUGCAGUUUGUGGGCUUUUUUUCUCUCCCAAUAAAUUUAUAUUUCAUUCACAUCGAACUGGAUCAAAUGAUAAAUAUAUUCAACCAGAUGCAGCAAACUUUAACUCUUGGCGACGGCAUUUGAAAUUAUCUGCAAAUCCACCUGACGAAAUUAUUCAUGCUUGGGAAGAUGUUAAAGCAAUGUUCAAUGGUGGAACUCGUAAAAGGAUAUUAUCUAACGUGAAUAAUGUAAGCAUUUCAGACUCAGAACGUAAACGUUCUCGAUUCAUAUCGGGAUCACAUGUUCCUUCAUCAACAAUAAUUCAACAAUCAAUAUCAAAUUCAAUAAAUGAGACAUCAAUACUCCAACAACAACUUCCGGGAUAUACAAGUCUGAUAUCACCAUUAUCUAGCAUUGAUUAUAAAUGGCAUCAACAACCAGAAUUACCUUUUAGUGCCUUAAAAGAAUCAAAUGCGUCGAUUAUACCAUAUAUACCGUGGUUAACAAAAGGGAAUCCUUUUCUAUUUCCUGCUAAUUCAAUGAAUUCUGCUGAAAAUCUUACCAAAGUUCUUAAUAGGAGUUCUCAUUCGUCUGCAUUUCACCCUGUCAUACCUUCAUUUACAAGUAAAUAUAUAUCAACUAGAACAAAUGAAAAUGGCUUUCAAAGUAUUUCAGAGGAAAAUGAUUCAGAUAAUGAAAUAGACGUGGAAACCGUGAAAGAUAACACUAUUAAUUAUUAUCUUGAUAAAAAAGCAAACUUGAAUGUUUGGAAUUAUGAAGAAAGGGAGUCCAGAUCUUUGGUUAAACAUUUGCAGUGUUGGAAUCCCCCUCAAGAAACAAAUAAUACAUAUAAAUUCAAUACUUGA